UCCAAAGGUUCGUAGCAGUGGCAAGUUGACACCCAUCUGCACUUUUGCUGGCCGAGACCUGGAUCUGCGCCACAGUGGCGACGCUCAAGAGUCGAGACCGCGAACAAAUUGGUCGAGGGCAAAUGGUCUGUCAACAGAUGCACCCUUGGUCUGAGUGACGCCUUGAUCGCACGACGUGCCGAUAAUAAUUCGAGCCUGAUCUCAGUCUUUGCUUGCUAUGGUUGCAUUGUCGCCGCCUGUCAGCCAACCCAGGGAAGAUACUGAAGUUCCGGAUCUCGAGCAUUACACAGGACUCGAGGUCGUCUGGGCGGCCGUUCCUAGUAUCGUAACGUACCGCGGCAUCUCUCGUCUCAGCGGCCAACAGUUCAUCAUCAAGUUCGCCUCCGGCCGCGACGAAGGGGUCAUUUUACAAUUGCGACAUGAGUUCCGGACGCUCAAUUUUCUUCGGUCGCAGCAAGUAUAUGGUGUAUCUGAGCCGUUAUGCUGGAAUGACUAUUCAAAUGGCAGUGUCAUUGUCAUGGCCUAUGGAGGACAGACAUUUAGGGAGCUUUAUCUCUCUCGGCCAGUGCAGGAACGCGGCCCCGUGGAUUACUUGAAGGUGAUGCUCCAUCUUCGUUCAAUCACAUCGACUUUACAAAGUGCUCACGCGCUCAAUUGUCGCCACAAUAACCUGAGAACAGAUGUUCUGUGCGGCUUUGUCGACCGGCCGGGCGAUGUCACUGUUACUUCUUGGCUCUUUUCCUCGCGACUUGCGGUUGAAAUGCCCUUCAGCCAAGCAGAUGUUCUCAACACAUCGUUGCCCUACGUCGCACCAGAGUGCACUGGGCGCAUGAACAGUCGCACAGUCGACUCCAGAGCGGAUCUGUAUUCCCUGGGUGUCACUUUCUAUGAAAUUAUUACAGGGCAAGUUCCGUUCAAUGAGACCUCUUCACUCGGAUUGAUGCAUUCACACCUGGCCAACACUGUCAUACCAUUGAGCAAGUUUGGAGAACUCGACGUACCGCCUAUGAUUGACGCGCUUAUCAUGAAACUACUCCAAAAGAAUCCAGAUGACAGGUAUCAAACUGCUGCUGGUGUCUUGGUGGACGUUGAGCACAUCAUCGAGGCUCUCGAGAAUGGCAAUAACAGCGCAACGAUAUCAAUCGGUCGUGAAGAUCUUGUCUCCAGGUUUGUUAUUGCCCCAGACUUCGUCGCGAGGGAGCGCGAGCUCGGUCAGCUUACCGAACUUUUCAACCAAGUACAACAGACGUCAACAACACGCGUUGCUACUGUGGCAGGCUACUCUGGUAUCGGCAAAUCUCGGCUCGUCAAGGAGGUUAUGCUAGUACUGUCGCAAAACACGCAAAACGCCCCUUUCUACGCAGAGUCAAAGUACGAUCAGUUCAAAGCCUUUGCGCCAUUUUCCACAUUUUCCGCUGUCUUCUCUGAUCUGUUGGCACAGAUUUUUGUUGAGACUGCAAGUAAUCUGAAAUCCUGGCGUACAAAAGUUCUCCGUGUCCUCGGAGAUGAGGCACGCGCUCUUUGUGAGCUCUGUCCAGAUUUAAUUAUUUUGCUCACAGAAUCUUACGUCAAGGGUUUGCCACCUGUCAUUCCUUUAACUGGCCUGGCAGCAGAGGAAAGAUUCCGUCGAGGGAUCAAGAAGUUGAUGCAAGCCUUCGCGACCAAGCUGAAACCCCUUGUCUUAUUUAUUGAUGAUAUCCAAUGGGCACCUCUAAUCGAUUUGCAAUUACUUUGCGAAUUGCGUUUGCAGAAUCAUCUCGUUCUUCUCACAGCAUACCGGGACAAUGAGGUGGACUCCGGUCACAUUGUCAAUACAGUCUUUAUGGCUCAAGCUCAACCUGACCUCAAGCUAACCCUUGGGGCACUUCCGCUGUCUGGGACUCGACAACUUGUUUGCAACACCUUACAUCGCCCUUUGCAAGCUAGCAAUGAUGAUCAUUCUCAGCCUGAGGUCAAUCAGCUCGUACAAGUGAUUCACGCCAAAACCAGUGGUAACGCCUUUCACAUCGGUCAAGUUCUGCAAAGUCUCCAUGCUAGCGGGCUUUUGAGAUACGACUUUCAUUCAGCAGCGUGGACCUGGGACAUCCAGGCAGUACGCAUGAUCGAUACAUCAGAUGACGUCGUGGCUCUUGUCCUUAAGCAAGUCAAUGAGCUCUCGCCGCAAUGUCGUGAGAUCCUCUCUGUUGCAAGCUGUCUUGGCAAUUCUUCCUUUCGCCUCGAUAUCCUGACAACCAUCGUGAAGCACUCCCACAGUCUCGUCGCUUCUUCUCUCUUUCAAGCUAUGAGUGCAGGUCUCGUCAUCGCGAACGAUGAAAAGUACAAGGCAGCCAUUGCCGGCGCGGAAGAAUGGCCGCGUGAGUUUGCUGAUGAUCUCGUCGAGGGCGCAUUUGGCGCAGUGUCUUAUCGUUUUCUACACGAUAGAGUGCAGCAAGCUUGCUUUGCAUUAGUCGACGAGGCUGACCGACCAGCGCUGCACGCGCGCAUUGGUCUUGCCUUGCUCGAAACGUUUAGCCAGGAUGACAGCAUGAUUUUCGACAUCUGUUCACAAAUCAAUUUGGCCUCUGAGUUUGUUCCUGAAUACCUCAGAAUGGAUAUUGCCCGACUUAAUAUUCGCGCCGCUCGCAUCGCAUUCUCGAAUACUGCUAAUGGAAGUGCCCACGCGCUUCUUACUGCCGCCGCGAAGUUCUUUCCCACGGAUGUUUGGUCAACUGCUGGCAGUUUUGCAUUAGAUUAUUAUUUGCUUCUUGAGGAAGUGUCUUCAAGCUUAGCUCUUUAUGACGCCGCGAAGAAUGCCGCCGAGACGGUUUUGCAACACGCUUCUGACAAUAUCAUCAAAGUCAAAAUUCACGGUCGCCUGAUGAAGGCUGAAUUGAGUGCCGGUCGAACGCGCGAGUCGCUCUGGUUUGGUAUUGAGGGCCUCCGGUAUGCAGGUCUCGACUUGCGUGGCUAUUUCGCUGAUGGAGCGGACGAACUUGUUCUUUCUGCGACAGCUGAUCUCUGGGCUGCCCUUCCAUCGUCACCUGAAUCUAUUGCUGCUUUACGCCAGAUGCCGGCCAUGACCAACGCGCUCACGUAUGCCGCGCUUGAUUUGAUCCUCGAAUUGUUACCCAGCGUUUUCUUUGUCCGUCCAAGUUGCGUCGGCAUUGUCACGUUGACUGCCAUCAAGAUUUCUCAAGAAGCCGGUCAAAACAGUUUUGGAAGCGCUUAUUUCUAUGGCUUUGCGUCUCUCUUGCUCGCCGAGGUCAGCUCGCCAAUCCGAGACUACGAGAAGAGCCGCCACUACAGUACACUCGCAAAUGCUGUACUUCAAGAUCUCCUGAGGCAAGCAACCGGCACGCCAGCAAGCGUACCUUCGGCCAUGGUCAUCAUUGGUGCCGCUGCUGCUUGGGUAGAAGAUGCACGUACUGAAUCUGCCAAAAUUUUCGAGCAAGCUGAAGCAGAGUCUUUGCGCACUUACAACCAUGAAUAUCAGGCUUAUGCUUGCGGUAACAAGACCAGUUAUAUUUUGUUUGCAGGUGCUCAGUUGAAUGGCAUUUCGCAGGCGUCUUUAAGUCAGCUCGAGGCAAUAGAGAGCUACAGACGUGCUGUUGGUUACCUCUACGUGAGGCCUGUCCUGCAAACUGUUGAAAAUCUACGCACGAGCACGAAUCUGGAUGAUAUCCUCGAACUCAGUGGCACCAUUUCAACACCAGCAGAUAUCAAGGCUAUGCGAGAACUUUCCUUGCCAUUGCACUUGGCGACGUAUUACGGAUGCGCCCUGCUUGUGCAUGUUCUUUUUGCCUCAGCAGACAGCGAACGAGGCCUUCGACUCGUCGGAGAAGCGGCUCUUGUUGCGCCGGGAGCGCAGGGCCUUGUGACAAAAUUGAACUUGUGUAUUUACAGCUUGAUUGUCUUGAUUGACGCAGACGCUGCAAUGGAUCUUACUGAGGAACAGCAAAAUCUUAAAGCAACGCUGACAGAAUACGCCAAUGUCUGGUCUGAGGAGUGUGCUGCCAUCUUUGGCUUUUGGAAGCCUUUCUUUAAGGCAGAGACUGGCAAGUCUACAGCAACAGUUGAAACGACUUUGCAGCUUUUCAACGCCGCAAUUGACAAGGCACAAGAGAUGUCCAAUGGCCUGCUUAUUGCAUUGUACAACGAAAGGUGUGCCUUAUAUUUGAGAAGCCUCAACACCAGCUUCGAUCGUGCCGCAAGGGGAUAUGCUCUCGAUGCAGCUGAUGCGUAUAAGCAAUGGGGGUGUGAGUUCAAAGGGAGUCGAGUCAUGAAAGACUUCAGCUUGGCUCGCCUUGCGCCAGCAGUGUUGCCCACGAAAUUCAAGGAUCCGUCGAAGGAAGACGUGUAUUCGAUGAGCUCGAGUACCGACACACUCUCAGCUGAUGGACUUAUUGCUGCAUUGCCCGGUAAAGCGCCAUUGCAGACAUUUCCUUUCAAGCAUCCCGCAACCCGGAGGUUGUCGAAAUCACGUUCAUCCCCUCGUCGCAAAGAACUUGAUCCGGUAGAUGAAGCGUCAGCGGAGCUAGAUUUGGAAAGUGUUCUCCGAAAUGCUCUGGUUCUAUCAACAUCAGAGAACCUCGAGGAGGCAAUUCCCCACAUGCUCAAUCACCUCCUCCAGACUUCCGGCGCUCAAAAUGCAGCGCUGAUUGUUGCAGGCAAAGAGGACGGCCAAUUUUCAGUGUCUGUCAGCGGGGCGUUGAAUAACUUCAAAGUGCACGAAAACGUCUCCAUCGAUGACGACCAGAACUAUGCCCCUGCGCGACUGAUCCGUCUUGCAGCCAAUUCACGGAAGGCGGUCAUUGACGAUGCUAAGAUUCUGGAGCUGGAUCGUUUAAAACGCUCGCUCCCAAAAUCCUUCAUGGCGCUGCCGGUCAUCCUACAGGACAAAGUCACUGCCGUUUUGUACCUGUCCAAUUCUCAGAUCACAAAUCUGUUCUCGUCGCGGAAGGUAGAACUCCUCACAAUCAUGGCAACGCAAGCGGCCAUCACGAUUGAGAAGACUCAAUUGCUGAAUGCCCUCGAAGAGGCCAACAGGGAGCUCUCAAAAUCCAAGGCUGCAGUCGUUGACCAUGCGACCCACCUAGAGUCCGUCGUCGAGGAGCGCACCAAGCAGCUUGAAAUUCAGAAUGCUCAGUUGGUCAUGGCAAAAGAUAUGGCAGAGCAGGCGACUUUGAUGAAAACCCGUUUCUUGAGUAACAUGUCACAUGAGAUACGAACUCCAUUCAACUCUGUGGUAGGAUUCAGCACUUUGCUGCUCGAGACGAAACUUGAUUCCGAGCAAAAAGACAUGGCACAGUCCAUCAUAGAUGCCAGUUCAGAUUUGUUGGUCAUCAUCAAUGAUGUGCUGGACUUGGCCAAGGUCGAAGAAGGCAAAAUGAAGCUUUCACCUGUUUGGUUCGACUUCAGAACGAUGAUGGAGUCCGCAUUGGAGAUGAUUGCUCGCAACGCUGCUCUAAAAGGAAUCGACAUUGCCUAUCUAGAAAGCGACGAUGACUUCGAGAUUGGCCAGGUCUUUGCUGACAAUACUCGCAUGCGACAGUGUGUACUCAACUUGCUCUCAAACGCGGUCAAAUUCUGCCCCGAGAAUAACGGCGGGCUCGUCAAAGCCACGUCAAGGAUCGAGUUCAUUGGCAAACCUGACGAGGAAGGCGAUCAAAAGGUCAAAAUAAUUGUUGACGUUGAAGACAGGGGCAUUGGCAUUGCGGAAGCGGAUAUGUCCAAGCUCUUCGGGUUCUUCUCCCAGGUGGAUGACAGUACGACCAGACAGUACGGCGGAAGCGGCCUGGGUCUCGCCAUCUCCCGCAGAAUGUGCCGCCUCUUCGAUGGAGAUUUGACUGUUGUCUCUGAAGUUGGCAAAGGAUCGACCUUUUCUGCAUCUUUUUGCGCUACAAUCAAUCAUCGCACCCACCCAACCGAAUCUCCACGAUGCGAGGCGUUUGCCAAGAAGACCUGCCUCAUCCUGGAGCCCUCCGACCUCACCCAAGAAGCCAUUCGCCAACAUCUGACCAAGUUUGGUGUCAAAUGGUUCUCCCAGCGCACACUGGAGGAGGUCGCUGCAGCUACAGAGCAAGCUGAUUUUUGCGUCAUCGGCGACUCAUUCAACCAGCCUGAGACCAUCAAAGCAUUACGCAAACGAUGGGUCAACGUUGAGAGACUCCCCCUUGUGGUAAUGAUGCCCUUUGGCGCGACACUGCCGAAGCAGCUCAACAAACAGGACGAAGACGUCAUCGAUGCCGUUGUCUCGACACCUGUCAGAAGGGGUCGACUGUUGAAGUCAAUCCAGAGCUUGUAUCCAGAACAGGGCAAUGGUUUGGCCAAGUCUGCAAAGUCUACUCAACCCAACAUUGUGAAAAGCCCGAAUCAUGCGAGCAGCAUGAAGCUUCUCCUUGUUGAAGAUAAUUUGGUCAAUGUCAAGGUCGCGACACAGCUGUUGAAGAAACUUGGAUAUGUACCAAAAGUUGCGUAUGACGGUUUGCAAGCCGUGCAGGCCUGCGCCGUAGAAGACUUUGACUUGAUUUUCAUGGACUUGCAGAUGCCAGUCUUGUCUGGUCUUGCUGCAACUCAAGAGAUACGUGCUGCACAGACGGACGACAAAGCGCCAUUCAUUUGUGCCAUGACGGCCAAUGCCAUGGCUGGCGAUGAGCAACGAUGCAUCGAAGCUGGCAUGGAUCACUACAUCUCAAAGCCUGUCAUGUUGCCAAAGCUGCGGGCUGUGAUUGAUCUAAUGGAGACAAGAUACAAAGCAGCCAGUGCUGGCGCUAAGGAGGACAGCCAGCAAGACACAAAUCUUCCGACAGACCUGGAUCUAGGUACGCGCCGAAUGAGGCAGGCAUCCGUGGCUGAGAUGCUUGGCCAGAUGAAGAUUACUGGCGGCCUCGAAAGCACUUGAUAGCUUGGAAACGCAAGCGCGAAUGGCUUCACGAUAUUGCACACUAGACUUGUACACAUAGCGUUGGUUUAGCACUAUUGAAUUAUUUUG